AUGUCCGAGGAGCUGGCCACGGGCCCCAAGGAGAGCCCGCCGGCGCCGCGGGCAGGCCCCCGCGAGGUGUGGAAGAAGGGCGGCCGCCUGCUGUCAGUGCUGCUGGCCGUGAACGUGCUCCUCCUCGCCUGCACGCUUAUCAGCGGCGGCGCCUUCAACAAGGUGGCGGUGUACGACACCGACGUGUUCGCGCUGCUCACCACCAUGAUGCUGCUGGCUGUGCUCUGGAUUCUCUUCUACCUCCUUCGCACCGUGCGCUGCCCAGGCGCCGUCCCCUACCGGGACGCGCACGCCGGCCCCAUCUGGCUCCGAGGUGGGCUGGUGCUGUUUGGGAUCUGCACUCUCGUCAUGGAUGUCUUCAAGACCGGCUACUACUCCAGUUUCUUUGAGUGCCAGUCAGCCAUCAAGAUCCUGCAUCCUCUCACCCAGGCUGUGUUUGUCAUUGUCCAGACUUACUUUCUCUGGGUCUCCGCCAAAGAUUGUAUUCACACCCACCUGGAUCUGACACGAUGUGGUCUCAUGUUCACCCUCACCACCAACCUGGCUAUCUGGAUGGCAGCCGUGGUGGAUGAAUCCGUGCACCAGGCCCACUCCCACAGCAGUUCUCAUGGCAACACCAGCUACACCCGCCUCACUCAGGACUGGGAGCGUGCGGGCAGCGCCGCCGGAGGAGACUGCUCCUGCAACACGGCCGUCUGCCAGGUCUUCCAGCAGGGCUACUUCUACCUGUAUCCCUUCAACAUCGAGUACAGCCUCUUUGCCUCUACGAUGCUCUACGUCAUGUGGAAGAAUGUGGGCAGGCUGCUGGCCUCCUCGACCCACGGCCACAACCACACCCCAUCCCCCAUCAGCCUCUUCCGGGAGACCUUUUUUGUUGGUCCCAUCCUGGGCCUGAUACUCUUCGUGGUAGGGCUGGCCGUCUUCAUCAUCUACGAGGUCCAAGUAAGCGGGGAGACGGGCCGCACCCAGCAAGCCCUGGUCAUCUACUACAUCUUCAACAUCGUCUGUCUGGGGCUCAUGACCUUGGUCAGCCUGAGUGGCUCAGUCAUCUACCGUUUUGACCGCCGAGCCAUGGACCAUCAUAAGAACCCCACACGCACCCUGGACGUGGCCCUGCUGAUGGGUGCUGCCCUGGGCCAGUAUGCCAUCUCCUACUACUCUAUCGUGGCCGUGGUGGUGGGCACACCCAGGGACCUGCUGGCAGGGCUCAACUUAGCCCAUGCUCUGCUCAUGAUUGCGCAGCACAUCUUCCAGAAUGUGUUCAUCAUUGAGAGUCUCCACCGGGGACCCCCCGGGGAUGAGACUCAUGGCACUCCCCCCAGGGAGCCCUGCCAAGGUCUUACCUUUGCCAACCUGGAUGCCCUCCACACCUUGCCUGCCUGCCCGCCCCCCGCCGAGCUAGUUGGCCCCAGCCCAGCAGGACCUCAGGAAGCAGUGAGCAUCACCUCAGCCCCCAAGGACCACUGGAGAAGCAGGUGCUUGAAGGACAUUUCUCUGUUUCUCCUGCUCUGCAACAUCAUCCUGUGGAUCAUGCCUGCCUUCGGGGCCCGCCCUCACUUCAGCAACACGGUGGAGGUGGACUUCUACGGCUACUCCCUCUGGGCAGCCAUCGUCAACAUCUGCCUGCCUUUCGGCAUCUUCUACCGCAUGCAUGCUGUCUCCAGCCUGCUGGAGGUCUACGUGCUGUCCUGAAGCCCCAGCAGAGACACAGGGAGCAGGGCUCAGCUCAUGUACCCACCCAGAGACCCCCAGGAAUGAAUCAUACAACUACCCAUUCUCUGCCGGCCCCAGAGUGGAAUUUUCACCAAAAUUAUUUUUCCAGGAUGAGUUUUUAAAUCACAAUCAGGACAUGCACAUCCAUCCCAGAACGCUCCUGGAGCAUGGGGUGACUAGAGGAGGAAGACCUCUCUCCCUGCCUUGUUUCUAGGACCAGGCAAGAUCUGGAAGUGUCCUAGACUCUGGCUCUACCCCAACCCCAGGCCUGUGGCCUGACCAGUGCUGCUGCCUAGAGCUG